AGUGUAUCAUGUAUGCCACAGAUUCCAGGGGACACUCCCCUGCUUUCCUCCAGCCUCAGAAUGGAAACAGCCAUCACUCGUCUGGUUAUGUCCCAGGGAAGGUUGUCCCAAUGCGUCCCCCUCCUCCUCCAAAGAGCCAAGCUUCAGCCAAAUUUACCUCCAUCAGACAAGAAGCCCGGGCAACCUUUGCAUUCUCACCCGAAGAACAACAAGUCCAGAGGGAAAGCCACAAGCAGAAGAGACACAAAAAUACCUUCAUUUGCUUUGCUAUUACUAGUUUCUCAUUUUUUCUUGCACUUGCAGUCAUUUUAGGAAUAUCCUCAAAAUAUGCUCCAGAUGAGAAUUGCCCAGAUCAAAAUCCCCGUCUCAAGAGCUGGGACCCAGGACAAGAUUCUACAAAACAAGUUGUUAUCAAGGAGGGAGAUAUGUUCCAUCUGACCUCAGAUGCCACGGUGAAUUCUAUAGUCAUUCGGGAUGGAGGGAUGCUUGUAUUUGGGGACAAUAAAGAUGGAUCCAGAAACAUUACUUUGAGGACUCGUUAUAUCCUGAUCCAGGAUGGUGGGGCGCUUCAUAUUGGAGCAGAAAAAUGCCGCUAUAAAUCCAAAGCGACAAUUGCCUUGUAUGGCAAGUCAGAUGAAGGUGACAGUAUGCCAACAUUUGGCAAAAAGUUUAUUGGUGUGGAAGCUGGUGGGACACUGGAAUUACACGGGACACGGAAGACAUCGUGGACGUUGCUGGCGAGGACUCUGCAUUCCUCAGGCUUGCCCUUUGGGGCCUAUGUCUUUGAAAAGGACUUUUCCCGGGGCCUUAAUGUGAGGCUCAUUGACCAAGACACAGCCAAAAUUUUGGAAAGUGUGAGGUUUGAUACGCAUGAAUACCACAAUGAGAGCAGGCGACUUGAGGAAUUUCUGAGGAUCCAGGAUCCAGGCCGGAUUGUUGCUAUAGCCGUCGGAGAUUCUGCUGCCAAAAGCCUCUUAGAAGGAACGAUCCAGAUGAUCCAGGACCGAUUAGGAAGUAAGCUGAUCCAAGGACUGGGCUACAGGCAAGCCUGGGCUUUAGUUGGCGUCAUUGAUGGUGGAAGCACAUCUUGCAAUGAAUCUGUGAGAAACUAUGAAAAUCACAGUAGUGGUGGGAAGGCUCUUGCCCAAAGAAAAUUUUAUACUGUGGAUGGUCAGAAGUUCUCUGUGACAGCUUACAGUGAAUGGAUUGAAGGCGUUUCUCUUUCAGGUUUCCGGGUAGAGGUUGUGGACGGAGUCAAACUUCACCUGCUGGAUGAUGUUAGUAGCUGGAAACCUGGAGACCAGAUUGUGGUCGCAAGCACAGACUAUUCUAUGUACCAAGCAGAGGAAUUCACUCUUCUUCCCUGUCCCGAAUGCAGCCGUUUUCAGGUCAAAGUCAAAGAAACCCCUCAGUUCCUACACAUGGGUGAGAUCAUAGAUGGUAUAGACAUGAGAGCUGAGGUUGGAAUUCUCACCCGGAAUGUUGUUAUCCAAGGAGAAGUGGAAGACUCAUGCUACGCAGAAAAUUUGUGCCAAUUUUUUGAUUAUGACACCUUUGGAGGACACAUUAUGAUCAAGAAAAAUUUUACCUCCGUCCAUCUUUCUUAUGUGGAAUUGAGACGCAUGGGUCAGCAGCAGCUGGGGCGCUAUCCUGUUCAUUUUCACCUGUGUGGCGAUGUGGAUUAUAAAGGAGGGUACAGACAUACAACAUUUGUGGAUGGCCUGUCUAUUCAUCAUAGCUUCUCAAGGUGCAUCACUGUGCAUGGGACAAACGGCUUGCUUAUAAAAGACACCAUUGGAUUUGACACACUUGGUCAUUGUUUCUUUUUGGAAGAUGGUAUUGAACAGAGAAAUACUUUGUUCCACAAUCUGGGACUCCUCACCAAACCAGGCACUCUCCUCCCUACUGAUAGGAACAACUCCAUGUGUACCACCAUGCGGGAAAAAGUGUUUGGAAAUUACGUCCCUGUGCCUUCCACUGACUGUAUGGCUGUUUCAACUUUCUGGAUUGCUCAUCCCAACAAUAAUCUGAUUGAUAAUGCAGCUGCAGGCUCACAGGAUGCUGGAAUAUGGUAUUUAUUCCACAAAGAACCUACUGGGGAAUCCAGUGGACUGCAGCUAUUAGAGAAACCAGAACUAACUCCAUUGGGCAUAUUUUAUAACAACAGGGUCCAUUCAAAUUUCAAGGCUGGCUUAUUUAUUGACAAAGGUGUCAAGACAACCAACUCUAGUGCUGCUGACCCAAGAGAAUACCUCUGUUUGGAUAACAGUGCAAGAUUUCGACCUCAUCAGGAUGCAGACCCUGAAAAACCACGUGUUGCUGCUGUAAUUGACAGGGUUAUUGCUUUUAAAAAUAAUGAUAAUGGAGCUUGGGUCAGAGGGGGAGACAUUAUCGUUCAGAAUUCAGCAUUUGCUGAUAAUGGAAUAGGACUGACCUUUGCCAGUGAUGGAAGCUUUCCAAGUGAUGUAGGUUCCAGCCAGGUGGUAUCCGAAUCUCUCUUUGUUGGGGAAAGCAGGAAUUACGGCUUUCAGGGUGGUCAGAACAAGUAUGUAGGCACUGGAGGAAUAGACCAGAAGCCUCGGACAUUACCUAGGAACAGAACAUUCCCUAUUAGAGGCUUUCAGAUUUAUGAUGGGCCCAUUCAUCUCACCAGGAGCACUUUCAAAAAGUACGUGCCAACUCCAGACAGGUAUAGCAGUGCAAUUGGCUUCCUCAUGAAGAAUUCCUGGCAGAUAACACCUAGGAAUAACAUCUCCCUUGUGAAGUUUGGUCCACAUGUCUCUCUGAAUGUAUUCUUUGGAAAACCUGGUCCCUGGUUUGAAGAUUGUGAACUGGAUGGUGAUAAGAACUCCAUAUUCCACGAUGUUGAUGGUUCUGUGACAGGCUACAAGGAUGCUUAUGUGGGAAGAAUGGACAACUACCUGAUCCGUCAUCCAAACUGUGUAAACGUUACUAAAUGGAAUGCAGUGAUCUGCAGUGGGACCUAUGCCCAGGUCUACAUACAGACUUGGAGCACUCAGAAUCUUACUAUGACCAUCACGCGAGAUGAGUAUCCAUCCCACCCCAUGGUGCUCCGAGGUAUUAACCAGAAGGCUGCCUUUCCACAGUACCAGCCUGUGAUCAUGUUGGAGAAGGGCUACACCAUCCACUGGAAUGGGCCAGCACCGCGCACUACUUUUCUGUAUCUUGUAAACUUCAACAAGAAUGACUGGAUUCGAGUUGGCCUCUGCUAUCCAUCAGACACAAGUUUUCAGGUUACCUUUGGCUUUUUGCAGCGGCAGAAUGGCUCAUUAUCCAAAAUGGAAGAAUAUGAGCCUGUGCAUUCACUGGACGAACUGCAGAGGAAGCCGUCCGAGAGGAAAUUCUAUUUUGACUCCGGCACAGGGUUACUAUUUUUAUAUCUCAAAGCCAAAAGCCAUAGGGAUGGCCACAGUUACUGUUCAUCUCAGGGAUGCGAAAGAGUGAAGAUCCAGGCAGCCACAGACUCCAAGGACAUCAGUAACUGCAUGGCCAAAGCAUACCCACAGUAUUACAGAAAGCCAUCAGCAGUCAAACGGAUGCCAUCCAUGCUCACUGGACUCUGUCAAGGUUGUGGCACCCAGCAGGUGGUGUUUACUAGUGAUCCUCAUAAAAACUACCUCCCCGUGCAGUUCCAGUCACCUGAUAAAGUAGAAACUCAGCGUGGAAACCCAUCUGUUAUUUCUGUCAAUGGCACUGACUUUACCUUCCGGAGUCCAGGUGUCCUUCUCCUCGUUGUGGAUGCAUGCAGCGUUCCAUUCCGAUUGAUGGAAAAAAAGGUUUUCCCUCUUGCUGAUGUCAGUCGCAUGGAAGAGUAUUUAAAAACAGGCAUCCCUCCAAGGUCAAUUGUUCUGCUGAGCACAAGAGGAGAAAUAAAACAGUUGAACAUUUCAGAUUCAUUAGUACCUCUGGGAUUAGCCAAACCAGCUCACCUUUAUGACAAAGGUAGUACCAUAUUUUUGGGAUUCAGCGGAAACUUUAAACCAUCAUGGACUAAGCUAUUUACCAGUCCUGCUGGACAGGGCCUUGGGGUGAUUGAACAAUUCAUACCUUUGCAGUUGGACGAAUAUGGCUGUCCCAGAGCCAGUCCCGUCCGCAGAAGAGACCUGGAACUGCUAAAGCAAGCUUCAAAAGCACAUUAGAGACUUAACUGUAACUUAAGUGCUGGGGGAAAAAAAUGUGAACUAACUUAUUUAAUUUAUGGCAUUUUUAAAUGACACUGUUAACCCAAUGGAACCAUUUUCCUGUUUGAUACAGAAAGAGGAGAAAAGAAAGAGUUUAAAGUCAUUGCUUGAAUACCAGCUCAUGCACCUUCUAGUUGUACAAAAUGUUAAAAGACAUUAUUUGUAUUUGUAAAGCUGGUGUAUUCAGAGAGCAGUUCUCUUAUUCCUCACCUUCCACCCCAACCUUUGUAGUGACCAUAGCAGUGUCUUACUUUUUGUAUAAUGGGUUGGGGUGGAGUGGGGUGCGGGCUCCUGGAAGUCAGCCUGAGGUCUUUAGAGGACCAGCUGUUGUAGCACCUUGGAUACUUGAAGUCUAACGCUCAGUUGUGUCGUGUGGAUGUUGACUUGGCGGCUGGCAUACUCCGUGCCUAAGACCCCGUGUCUGGGCAGCCUUUGAGGAUUUUCUAUGAUACUGAAUGACAGAGUUUUAACUGGCAACUCAGGCCCAGCUCAUGCCCUUUUUUUGCCUGGACAUGUGCUAUUUUUAUUCACUUGUAUACUGAUUACUUCUGAGGGUUCAACUUACAGACAGCAAGUCUAAUUGGGACAAAAGGGCUCUUAGGGAUUAGAAAUCCCUUUCAUCCAUGACCAUUGGGCAAAUUGACCUGCACCAAAGAUCUGAGGUUAUUGGGACCAUUUUUGCAGCUUUAAUCCUUAGCCUGUUUUAACUGUAUAUUUUUGUUUAAAAUGCAGCGCUAAGCU